CUUACAUUUAAGUGAAAUAUUGAGGGAGUAACACACAUCUGGUUAAGUUACUUUUUACAUAUAAAAACGUGCUGUAAUUCCUACACGUUCACUCGAUUUCGAUGUAAGUAACCUCAAAUUAAAGCUGAAAGUCUGUACUUUGAGCUCAUAUUCAUUAUUUAAUUACAACUCCUGUAUACUUUGGUAGACAGCUAAAAUAACAAUAACUUUGUCAUUGUACAAAUAUUCCUGGGCCUGCCUGCGCAUUCCUGAGCCCCAGCUGACCCAGUGCUGUGACAGAUUCACUGAGUGGAGCUGACUGAGGCAAAAGUCGACCAAUAUAUCAGUCUGUUAUUCCAGUGCACUGAAUAGUUACAGGAUAUUUUCGAGUUGGAAAAGGUCUACAAAAAUGUGACAGUAAAAACACAUGCCAACCCCACUUGAAAUAAUAUUGCUUGUGUUUACGGCAGAACUAGAGUUUGUGUGGUAUUCCUCCACACUCCAGUUCAGUAGGUGGCGGUGCUGCACUUUAACCUGGUCUCCCAAACGCCAAAAACACCAACGAAGAAGAAGAAGAACAACGACCACACACAAAUACUUAACGUUUUUAUCCUGUGGAACAGGUUGUGUUGUGGUUUUUUUUGGUGAACUUGGAAGCAGUUCUUCACCUUGUGAAGGUAAAUGUCAGCUUCUGGAUGAAUCGUCUGUGAAAUUGAAAGCGGAAAAGUGAGAGGCGCGUGUUGAGUAGCAAGGUUAGCUAGCUGCUUUCAGCUACACCAGCCUGUUCUAGUGACUACAGCAAACGACCACAUUCACUAAUCCUUUUCACACUGUAAAGAAGCGCAUGCAGAAAGAAAAGUGUAAGCUCUUGUGCUCCUCUCCUCUCACAGGCAGACAUGUCUUCAGAGCUAACUAUUGACAUCCAGCUAACAGAGUUGGGCUUUUCAAGCUGGGAUUUUCAGGUUUUAAAGCAAAAGGAGACACACCAGACUUCAGACCUGGAAUAUGCAUCUUCAUCAUCUUCAUCAACAACAGCGUCGUCAGUGUGUCCCAUGCCAGUGGAAGUCCUCGCUGAUGAGGAAACAGCUGUAGGUCAGAUCACUCCUGUUGUCUGUCCAGACUCCUUUCCCAGUGAUAAUGGCUCUCUGGUUAAUGCCAGUUUAGUUCAUGGAGACUCCACAGAGACUAGUACAGGUGAAAGCAGCAAGAGUGUUUGUGAAAAAGGAAGUGGACAUGUGGGAGAAAUAAAAAGGAAAUGUCCAUGGUACGAUGAAAAGGCCGAUGAGCAGCUUAAAGAGGAUAAAAAGAAAAAAUUACACAAAGAUCAGAGGAAAAAAGACAAACUCAGAGAACGAGGAGCUGAGAGGAAGCUGAUGAGUGAUGUUGACGUUUCUGGGGAAGAAGAAAUUGAGGAGGAAGAAGAAGAAGAUGAUGAUGAUGACUUGAUGGAAGAUGAGGAAGGUGAUGAUGUUUUGUCUUCAGACACAAAUGGUCCAGAAGAGCAUCGUUGCCAGAUGUGCAGCCUCACAUUUUCUACAACGUUCCUCCUACAUGAACAUUUGCACAUACAUAAUGGUGUGCGUCUGUACCGAUGUGCUGAAUGUGGCAAGCAGUUCUGCCACUUAGUGAACUAUCGUAAGCACCUGCGCUCCCAUGCACAAGCAUCCACUAUCCAGUGCAUCAUUUGUACAGCCCAAUUUACAGCACCGGAGGACCUGCAGCAGCAUCUGGACACAAACCAUUUUGAGGACAAGUUCUAUCAGUGUGAUCUCUGCAAGCGCAUUUUCACCAGCAUGGCAGAGUGCAAGAAGCACGUGCAAACUCACAAGCGGCGCACAAAACGCUACCCAUGCCCCAAAUGUGAACGCAGCUUCCGCCAUCGCAGCUCUAUGCUCUACCACCUCAAGCGACACAAUAAAGGUGUAUUCCUCUGCACUGACUGUGGCCUGGCAUUCUCUACAAAAGCCGUCCUCCUGCGCCACAGCUUUCAUCACCUGGGCCUUUUGCCCUACACCUGCAUUCGUUGCAAACGCCAUUUCCGUUUAUCAUCUCAUUACAUGAAGCACGAGUGUAAACCAGAGCAGCUGCAAUGCGUGGCAUGUCUCGUCGUCUUCAAGAGUCAAGAGGACUUCCUGAAGCACAAGAAGGACACAGGUUGCUGGGGUCAUCAGACAGCCCUUAGCACAAAGACAAACGACAUCCGAUGUAUGGAGUGUGGGCAAGUCUUCGACAGUUCAGAGGAAUUAAAGAAGCAUGCUGGGAUGCAUCAGAGGGUCAUGAGGUGCUCGGAGUGCGGGAUGGGUUUCCGCUCAUCCAUUAUGCUCAUGUCGCACAUGGGUGGUCAUGCGGCUACGCGGCCAUGCCUCUGCAAAGAAUGCGGCCUGGGCUUCUGUCAUCAACAGGCUUAUGACAGCCACCUUAAAACCUGUGGGCUUGUGAAUCCAGCAGAGAUUGCCACAAAGAAGCAAAAGCCAAAUUCAAAGAAGAAGGAAGCUGUCACCACUCCUAAAAGCAAGGAAAUUCAAACUGUACCACAGUUUGUGCACCUGCAUCCAACUGCCAUAGUAAGUGGCCAAACAAAACCUGCUGAAGGUCUGACUACAGUCACUCUAAAUAAAGAGCCUCUUUCUCCUAUACCAGUGGUUAUGCUUUUGCCUGCACCCUCUACGUCUGCAUCCGAUAGCAUCCAGAAGCUUAAUUCCGAAGUCUCAAAGAAAUCCCUGUCGGCUCCACAGGUCAUUCACAUUCUAUUACCCUCUAAUAACAGUUCUGUACAUAAAGAGUCUGACAAAACAGUACUGUUAAAAGACAUGGCUAGCCAUGUGCCUGGCUCAAACAUUCUUUUGCCUUCGACAUCAGAAUCUGUGAAAAAUGGAAAAACAGGAUGGACACUAUUAGAAAUUCCACGCACAUCUGGUUCAGUAACUAAAAUAUACACAAUGAAAAAGGAAAAUGAACAAGUGGCUGACAUCAGAUUGAAGCCGAUAUUGCACAUUCCACAGUUGAAUGCAAAGAAUGAGCAGAAAAAGAAAGUUUUGUCAAACUUAGAGAUCCUACAAGUCUUGCAUAUGAUGAAGAAUAAUGUUUGUGGCGAUAAGAGGAAGGAAAGUCUACCCAACUUGACCACUGCAGCAUCAGACAAUGCAGAGAUGAAAGCAGAUGAUGAAAAGCUGAGACGGUCGAGGCUGGAAAAAAGUAACCCCUCACUUGAAAAGACAAGAGAUGUCCAAUUAACAACAAACAUAGAGAGAGAUAGUCUUAGUGCUGUGACAAUGCAGCCUCGUUGUCCUGACUUUGAUUCUUCAGCAGUGAUGCUUGACAGUUCACCACGUAAAAGACAGCCUAAAGAGGAUCGAAUCCCAGAAUCAUCGAUUCAUUCAUUAUCUGAGUUCUCCUUAAACUUGGAUGAGUUAUCGUCUAAGAACAAUGUACAAAAAUCACACAAACUCCCUGAGGAGGAAGACUUGGGUCUGGAUAGAGCACAGUUGAUGUUAGGUGAUGAAUCUGAUAUAGUGCAGUGUGACAUUUGUGGAAGAAUGAUUUCGGGAAAAGACUUGGUCCAACAUACUAUGAAGCAUUCAGUCUCUUCUGUCCUCUCUACUUCCUAGGUCCUGGAUUUUGUAAACUUGAAUGAAUGGUACAGCUUAAUUUCACUGUAAGAACGUUUAUAAAAAAUAGACGACUCUGAAAAGCUUUCAGAGUCAUCCUACCUUCCUUCCUUUUUCUCUUCCUUAUAAUUUAAAACACAGGAAGUCAUCCUAUUGAAUCCAACAUUAUUAGGGAAAACAAUAAUAGACUGGCUAUGUGUAUUCAUAUGAAUGAAACACUGAAUAUUACAAAAUUGUUUACUGAUUAUGCAGAUAAUUUGCACAAAUGAGUACUAUUUUACUUAAUGUUGCUGAUAUGUUUUGUUUUGUCUGCUGUGUAUGAAGAUCAGGACAUUGCAUUUAAUAGAUACCAUACAUUGCUUUUAAUAGAUAAUUAUCUUCAGGUUCAAAUCAAGCUGAACUGAUUUUAUGUUCUAUUUUCUUUUAAACCUUUUUUUUAAAAAAACUUGUUUUUAAUAUAACAAGUAAAACUGGAGUUCAUGAUGGACGUAUGGUUUUAGUUGAUUUGAGUUACUUUUUGGGAGCGGGAAUAAAAAUGCAAUCAGAUGUUCUAGUUUUGCCUUAAAUUUUUUUAUUUUAUUUAUUUAUUUUUUUGCAUGUACACUAUAUGGCCAAAAGCAUGUGGACACCUGAACUUCUUACUCAUAAGGGGUUUUCCUCAAACUGUUGCCACAAAGUUGAAAGCAUAGAACUGUAUAGAAUGUCUUUGUAUACUGUAGCAUUAUGAUUUCCCUUCACUGGAACUAACGGGCCCAAACCUGUUCCAGCAUGACAGCGCCCCUGUGCACAAAGCGAGCUCCAUGAAGACAUUGUUUGCAAAGGUUGGAGUGGAAGAACUCGAGUGUCCUGCACAGAGCCCUGAUCUCAACCCCACUGAAAACCUUCGGGAUUAAUUGAAAUGCCUACUGUUCACCAGGCCUCCUCGCCCGACAUCAGCACCUGACUUCACUAAUGCUCUUGUGGCUGAAUGGGCAAAUCCCCACUCCAAAAUCUAGUGGAAAGCCUUCCCAGAAGAGUGGAGGUUAUUAUAACAGCAAAGGGGGAACCAAAAGCAUAUGUGAGUGUAUGGUCAUGUGUCCACAAACUUUUGGCCAUAUAGUGUACUUUACGAAUGUCUUAUUGUGAACCAGUUACUUGUUAACAUGUUAUCCAGCUUUGUGAAGACCAUUCCAAAACACCAAUAAGCUGUGAAUAUGGAGUUUACCCAGUCGUUGUCUUUCAAAUUGAGCUUUAGUGCCCGAUGUCAUCAACAAGGCCUUUCCGCCCACAGCACUGCUGCUCACCGCAUAUGUUUUUCUCUCCAUUCUGCGUAAACUCUAGAGACUGGUAUGAAAGUUCCAGGAGAUCAGCAGUUUCUGAAAUACUUCAAUUCAGCUUUUCUGUCUGCAGCAACCAUGCCACGGCAAAGUCAAAAUAAAAGAGCAGAUGUAGAGGUGUUCCUUAUAAAGUGGAUGGUGAGUGUAUAGCAGCUCUCAUACUGAAUAGGCUUCACACUAUUUAGACAAGACAAUUUUGAGAGAAAUUCACAAAAUGACCAUAUAAUGUAGUAUUUGAUGCAGAUAAUGUUGUGAUAUGGUUAUAUACUGUUGUACAUGUCGGACCUAAUGUGCAGUCAGAGCUAUGGGUACUCUGUCCUCCAAAGCUAGCAGUAGGCUCCCAUCAUCUCCUUGUAUCGUAUCUCAAUGUCUGUUGCCGAAGCACUGAAUACAGAUGCACUGAUGACAUUCUAGUGAGUUCUUACAACCCUGUCUCUCCCAUCGUGCGUACAGGCAUUUCGUUAGCCAUUCUGCUGCUUGCAGUGGAACAAUUACCCCAAUCUGCAGCUACUGACCCUUUUUUGACAGAGAUGAUUGAAAACUUGCUCUUGAUAGUGGGGCAGCUAGGCAAGGAUACAGGGUGGCCCUCCACCAAUCGAUGCUAAACAUGCAACUCAGCCCUGUGAAACCUACCUUGGUUGUUGUUUGUGCUCAUGCCCAGAGAAGCCUCAGAGAGAAGAGCACUGAUUUCUUUAACUAAAAAACCAGCAGAGCCAAAUGGAACAGCCAUAUGGCACCCUCAAAUUGCUACAGCCUGGCUCAUUGGCUGGGCACCCACAUAAGUCCAUCAGUCAUAACAUUAAAACCACCUGCCUAAUAUUGUGUAGGUCCCCUUUGUGCCACCAAAACAGCUCUGACACGUCAAGGCAUGGACUCCACAAGACCUCUGAAGGUGUGCUGUGGUAUCUGGCCCCAAGACGUUAGCAGCAGUUCCUUUAAGUCCUGUAAGUUGCAAGGUGCGGCCUCCAUGGAUCGGACCUGUUUGUCCAGCACAUCCCAUAGGUGCUUGACUGGAUUGAGAUCUGGGCAAUUUGGAGGCCAAAUCAACACCUCCAACUCUUUGUCAAUUUCCUCAAACCAUUCCUGAAAUAUUUUUGCAGUCUGGCAGGGUCCAUUUUCCUGCUGUAAGUGACCACUGCCAUUACGGAAUACCAUUACCAUGAAGGGGUGUACUUGGUCUGCAACAAUGUUUAGGUAGGUGGUACGUGUCAAAGUGAUAUCCACAUGAAUGCCAGGACCCAACAUUUCAGGGGUGAAAACUUUAAGCCAGUGUGUGGCAAGGAAAAUGGUUUCCCAGUAGAACAUUGCCUAAAGCAUCACACUGUCUGCUUGCCUUCUUCCCAUAGUGCAUCAUGGUGCCAUCUCUCCCCUAGUUAAGCAAUCCACAUGCACCUGGCCAUCCACAUGAUGUAAAAGAAAACAUGAUUCAUCAGACCAGGCCACCUUCUUCCAUUGCUUCCUGGUCCAGUUCUGAUGCUCACCUGGCCAUUGUAGGCACUUUCAGCAGUGGACAGAGGUCAGCAUGGGCACUCUGACUGGUCGACAGUUAUGCAGCCCCAUAUGUAGCGAUGCACUGUGUGUUCUGACACCUUUUGGUCCUAGCCAGCAUUAAACUUUUUCACCAAUUUUUGAUACAGGAGCCUGUCCGUGGAGGAUGGGGGGCUGCCAGCGGACCCUUCACAUUGCUCGUGGGGCAGUAACUAGAUCAUACCGGUGACUUCUUCUGAUGACUAUCAUAGGAGUACAAACUUCAAUUUUGCCAUCAGCUCCCAAGCUCUAUCCCUCUGCUUUUGGAAAUAGAACCCACGUUUCGGAACAAGGGUUUCUUCUUAAUGUACUUCCCAGUUCAGAAGAAGGAGAGUGAUUUCCAUCCAAUUCUAGUUUCGCAAAGGCUGAUCUUUGCAAACACAUGGCAAUCAGGACACACUGGACACACAAAAGACAGGUUAGGCCAUUGAAGCUUGUUUUUUAUAUAAUUUCAGUAAGAAGUUUUGGUGUAAGCGCCCAUGUUGUCAAUAUUCAUGUAAUUUCAGUUUUCAUGUAAUGCUUCAAUCAUGUUUAUUUAA